UGGUUUGGUUGCUUUCACUAUAGUCUCCACAAUACUGGGUUCAUGGGGCUGAGUGCACGGGAACAGGUGGGCAGCCGGAGGCUGCUGGAGUUACUGGACACCGCAGACUUACUCUCCUUGGCUGGCACUGUCACUAAGAAGAAAUCUACAACAUGCACGAGGGCAGGAGCCAUUGAUGCAAUACUGCAGAACAGUCAGAGUGCCUACGAGCUCUUAAACCGUAGAAAAGUUCUCCGUGACAUCAUUGCUACAUACCUAAAAAAUGAAGGCGUAUCAAUACCCCAAAAAAUCACAAAGGCUGAAGUUGUUUUGAAAACUCUUGCAUUUUGGAGUGAGCUGGAUUCCUGUAUGCCAACAGCAAGAGUAUUUGCUCCAUCUUCAAUAAUGCAACCACAGGCAGCCUCUGCUUCUGAUUUCUCUCGCUCAUUCUACUUUCAUACCGUUAAACUGUCUACAAGUACCCCAAUAGAAUAUUCCAGCAAAAUAUGGACUCUUGGCGCUCAGACAUCAGAUUUGGAAUAUUAUGUCAGCCAAAGAAUUCGAACAACCCCUUCUCCUCUGCAAACUGAUGAGGGAUAUACUGUAACUGAAGGAAUGAAGGGUACACCGCAGAAAUCUCAGUCAUCACCUGUCAGUAGGCAACAUAAGAAAAAAGUUUCCCUGCCUCCACCUGUAUAUCAAUCUACACAUGAUGAAAAAAGUACUAGAGAAGUGGUGACCUCCCAGACAUCCCCGUCCUUAGCUGGCGAGUACGACUUUGGCCACAGUGUCCGAUCAUCUAAAAGAUCCACUCUUCCUCUGCGAAUUGAUGAGGGAUAUACUGUAAGCGAAGGAGUGAAGGGUACACCGCAGAAAUCUCCGCCAUCACCAGUCAGUGGGAAUGUGACGUACAGGACAACCCGCUCCAUGUCACAGACAGCGCGACAAUCUGCAAAUGUUAAGUUGAAGACCGAAACAGCGGCAGCCGCUCCAUUCACAGGCGUUAUGCAACAUAAGAAAAAAGUCUCCCCGCCUCCACCUGUAUAUCAAUCUACACAUGAUGAAAAAAGUACUAGAGAAGUGGUGACUUCCCAGACAUCCCCGUCCUUAGCUGGCGAGUACGACCUUGGCCACAGUGUCCGAUCAUCUAAAAGGUCCACUUGUCCUCUGCGAAUUGAUGAGGGAUAUACUGUAAGCGAAGGAGUGAAGGGUACACCGCAGAAAUCUCCGCCAUCACCAGUCAGUGGGAAUGUGACGUACAGGACAACCCGCUCCAUGUCACAGACAGCGCGACAAUCUGCAAAUGUUAAGUUGAAGACCGAAACAGCGGCAGCCGCUCCAUUCACAGGCGUUAUGGGGGAAGAAGGUGUUUGGCCAGUUGACUGUGAAAAGUUUACCCGUGAUUUCUGUGAAUGGUACUACAGUCUCCUUAAUUCCCAAAAUACCUCGUCUGGACCACAUAAGAAAAACUGGGGCCCUCAGCACUUCCUGGAAAAUGCUGUACUUCAUCUAACAUACAUGUCAGCCAGGGGGAAAUACAAAGGUGGCAGGAGCGUGAGUGCGUGUUUACUUGCUCUAGUACAAGAAGACAAAUUUUGUUUUCAACCAAAUAUUACUAGUAGGAAGGUAAAAUGUGAGAGGUCCCCAAAAGGUGUGGUGGUGGUAAUGGUUUAUGGUACCCUGUUCCGGAAUAAGUCAUAUGUGGGUACAUUUGAUCAGGUCUUUGAGGUGGUUGGGAACUUGAGGAACAAUAACUGGAAAAUACAAUUUACUGAUCUGAAAAUCAUAAAUAAUUCUUAAGAGUCUACAUCAUUGUGUAUCAUGAAAUAAACUUCAUGGAUUGUAUAGCCAAAUGUAUACCUAUCCCUAUGGCCAGUGUCCUGCUCUCCAUGGUCGCUCUCCCUUUUCAUGGUGUUGCUUGGUCCAUGCACUUGUGUGGCUACUCGGCCUUUGACAGGUCUAGCGUGCUCCAAUCGUCCUGACUUCUUCAGCUAAAGCCCAAGUGCCCCAGGCUGAACAAUAAGGUCAGAUUGCUAAAAUAUGGGUAUUUUCAACUCAAUUG